CAAGCGCAAUCCGGACCGCUCGGCGGCGAGCGGCACGCGCGCCGCCCGGGGGAUGCUGAAGCGGGCGCGAUGGCUCCCGCCAUGCAGUCCACCGAGCUCCAGUUCGCCCAGCGGCUGGCCUCCAGUGAGAAAGGCGUCCGCGACCGCGCCGUGAGGAAGCUGCGGCAGUAUCUCAGCGCCAGGACGCAGAGCGACACAGGAAGUUUCAGUCAGGAAGAACUCCUAAAAAUAUGGAAAGGACUCUUCUACUGUAUGUGGGUGCAGGACGAGCCCCUUCUGCAGGAGGAGCUAGCGAACAUUAUUUCCCAACUCAUCCACGUUGUAAACAGCUCGGAGGCUCAGCACCUGUUCAUUCAGACCUUCUGGCAGACUAUGAAUCGAGAGUGGCAAGGGAUAGACAAGCUGCGGCUGGACAAGUACUGCAUGCUGAUCCGCCUGGUCCUGAGGCAGUCCUUUGAAGUGCUCAAGCGGAAUGCCUGGGAAGAAAGCCAAAUCACACUUUUUCUGGACAUCCUGAUGAAGGAGAUCCUGAGUCCCGAGAGUCAGUCUCCCGAUGGAGUGAGAUCCCACUUGAUUGAUGUGUACUUGGAUGAGCUGUCCACUGUAGGAGGAAGGGAGCUCUUAGCGGAUCAGAACCUCAAGUUCAUCGAUCCGUUCUGCAGAAUUGCUGCCAAGACUAAGGACCACACGCUGGUCCAGACUGUAGCGAGGGGUGUUUUUGAAGCCAUUGUAGAUCAGUCUGCCUGUGUACCUGAAGAGUCUGUGGAAGAGCAGAAAACCGAAGCGGAUGGCAGUGGCCUCCCUGCGGACGAGCCGGCCGGGGGGAAGAAGGCUGCACUGGACGAGUGCCUCAGAGACGGAGUCCUUGGAAGCAGAGAAAGAGAUGUCUGUGCAGCCUUGAAAGAGUCAGGGUCACCUCUCCAGUUUGACUAUAAGGCUGUUGCUGAUCGCCUUCUGGAAAUAGCCAACUCGAAGAGCACCCCGCCCUUCAACAGGAAGCGACUCUGCAGACUCGUGAGAAGGUUCCAGGACCUCUCUGAAGGCAAUGAUGCUCAACUCAGUUUUGCUGAGGAAAAUGGUCAAGCCCUCGGUCAGAAAAGGCACAAGAGAAGAAGAAAGAAGCUUUUAGAGAGAGCUGCCUUAGAGAAGGAGAAAGGAAACACAGUCUCUCCUGCUGGUGAAGAGGACAGCGGAGGCCACAUUCACAAGAGGAAAAGGAAAAGGAGGAAGAGGAGCCACUUCCCGCCUGACACUCAGGACCUGGAUGCUGUUGCCAAGCCCGUAGUACCGAGUACUGACUGUGAGCCUGACACUGCCCAGAGGCAGGCCCCACAAGCAUACGUGACUGAGCCUACAGCAGAGGCCAGGGAGAACAUCUCUGAGCCUACACCCAUCAUGCCCAUACACAAAAAAAGGAAACGGCCAAGAAAAAAGAAAGUGAGAGCCCACAGAGAGAUCUGCAAAGCCACCACCUCACCUCAGAAGGACAUGUCAAAGAAUGACCCUGUCGGUGGGCAUCCUCAGAGCUCUGCUGCCCACAUUUCUUCCUCAGAGGGUGUCCAAGUCCAGAAAAGGAAACGGAAACUGGGAGCUCUCCCUGUCAGCAGUGGUGACCUAACUGUACAGAAGGCUGGUACCCCAACAAGCCCAGUGGAAGGGAGUGAUGGCCAGACUACUCCGCCCCAGUGCAAGGGGUCGCAGAAGAAGACAGCAUGCAGCACUCUUGACCCCUGUGAUCCGUCCAAUCAAAAAACAGCAGUCUCAAAAAAGAGGAAAAAAAUGAAACUAAUGUCAAACGGUGUAUUGGAGUCCAGCGCUGGGCAGAUCCAAGCUCUGGGAAGCAACAGGACUCUGAAGAAGCCACUAAAAAUGGAGGACGACUUUGUCAAGUUUGACACACGAUUCUUACCAAAGUCCCUGUUCUUCAGGAAAGCCAAGAACAGCUCUGCCACCCGUCCCCAAGGUCCUGCUGUCCAGCUGAAUAAAACACCCUCCAGUUCCAAGAAAGUCACCUUUGGAUUGAACAGAAACAUGACGGCAGAAUUUAAGAAGACAGACAAGAGUAUCCUGGUCAGCCCCACGGGCCUCUCCAGAGUGGCCUUUAACCCCGAGCAGAGGCCACUCCAUGGAGUGCUGAAGACCCCCACGAGCUCCCCGGCCAGCACUCCUCUGUCUAUGAAGCUACCGGCCACCAUCCCAAAGAGAAGGCCGAGGGCUGCGGACUUCUUCUGAGAGCCAGAAUCCCUUUUUGAAGACUGAUUUUAUACUGGGUGUUCUAUAAAUUAUAACUUUUAGAUGUGGGCUUUUUAAUUAUUUUACAAAUAUCCAUGAAUGGGACAAAUGUUCUGAACCUGGACUGCGGGCCUCUCCUGUUAGGCAUGCAGCCUAGUUUGUAUGUGAGCCCAUGCACACCCUCACCAGAAGGACUGAGUGCUGUUGGUACCUGGAACCCCCUCCUCGAUGCCCAUUGCUGGACCUACCACAGUGGAUCACCUUCUGGGUGUCUGCAGUCUCAGUCCAUCUCCUUGUGAAGGCAGGCCAGCUUCAGACCUGGCUGAGGGCUUUUGGCUGCUUCUCCUGGACUUGACUCUCGGAACAGAAUGAGCAAUAGUGUAGCUUUUUUACGGGUGACCAGCAGGAGGGUGGACAGGCGUGAGGUGAGGAAAAGCCACUUUUCCCUGAGGCAUUUCCUCCUCUGCCUGGCCCAUUCCUGUCCCUGUCUUCCUACCUCUAUACCAAGCCCAAAGUGUCUUUUCAGGAGGGCCAGUGCCCCCUAGGCUGCUGCCCACAUUAGCACAUUGUUUUCCCAGGGCUUCUCUGACUGCACUGGCAGGGUCUGGACCCCAGGCUCUUGCCGACCUGGAAAUUGACUGCUCAGGAGUGGAUACCCUCACAGCUGCCUCCACGGGUUUUAUACAGCUCCUCUAGCUUACUGCAGAACCCAGGGAGCCACUCAGACUUCCACCAAAGCAAAUCCGGCUCCUUUUUUAGAGCAAAGCCUGCUUGGCGAUUGCUCUUGUUUAAGGAAACUACCUUGGGUCUGAAGGGUAGAGACUUUGAGCACAACAGGAGGCCUAUCAGGAGCUGCAGGCUUGCCAUGGCAAGGCCAAGGCCCUGGUCUCGAGCACUCAAAGUCUAUGAGUGUGCCUACUGUGCUCAGGGUCUCCCCAGGUACGUCCCACUCUGUGCACCCUGUGCAGGAGCCCUACUUUUCACACCACUGCUCCUCGGGAAGACCAGCUCACUACCACUGGGAUCGCAGAGCUCAUGCACCUGCCCCUGGCUUCGCUCCACGCAGUCAAAGGGUCUGUUUCGAAGUCUUGAACCAGCUGACUCCCAAAUGCCAUUCCCCAUAGGAAUGAAGUGGUGACUGUCCUCUGCCUGCUCAGUCAUAAAGUAUAUCACUAGGCCAUGAAAAUGGAGAUGAUGCUUUGCUUGUGUCACAGUAGGUCAUGUGUGGUGUCACUUGUGGUUGCAUGGUUACAGCCUGCCGAGUUUAACCAUUACAUUCAAAACUAAAAGCUGUGUAGGAAGGGUAAGAUGAAGCCAGCAAUGCUUAGCUUCUUAUGUAGACAGUUCAGUGUGCCCUGCCGUUCUCUCUGUUUUAGAGAUGGGUCGUACAGCCCAGUGGUGUAGUUAGUUCAGUGCGCCCUGCCGUUCUCUCUGUUUUAGAGAUGGGUCGUACAGCCCAGUGGUGUAGACAGUUCAGUGCCCCCAGCCGUUCUCUCUGUUUUAGAGAUGGGUCGUAUGGCCCAGUGGUGUGGAGCAAAACACCAGGCAGAAACAACCUCACACCGCUUUCACAAUGGUGGCCCAUCCUUGGGAACCGUGAGUGUCCACAAAGCACAUCUGCUAGAAUUGCUCCCGGGACAGAGCGUGAGACCUCAGUGCUGCACUCAGGUGGGCUGUGCCUGAAAGAAAAGUUCUUUGUUUUAUCUCUCAUGCAUACAGCACAGGAAGGCUCUGCCACAAGCAGGAGUGCAUUUAGAAUGUUGUCUUGAUCCUUGAUGCAGAUUCUCAAGUAAAAUUGCUGAUAAAUUUCUUCAGGUCCAGAGAAGCAAAUCUUAAAUGCAGGCAGGCUGGGUUAGUGUUCCGGUCUGCACAAUUUGGUUUCAAACUAACUUUUCUUCCCUUCAAAAAAAAAAGAUAAAAGGUUUCAGUAUGUAUCCUAUCCUAUCCCAUACCGGCCCCACACCAGUGGUCCUCCUGUCUCAGCCAGGCUCGUGCAGGGACAGAGUAUCACCUUUCUGAACUGAAGCACAAGUAGAAGCAGGAGGCGGGGUUGGGAAGCAGUCGCCUGCCUGGGAAGUGGAUCUGUGUUUUCUCAAACUGCCACAGUACUGUUUGUUUACGAUCAAAUUGUAUUGGUGUCUCCAGGGCUUUGUCGGUACAGAUCAAAGCCAAGACCAAUUAAAAGAAAUUUGUUUUUAUCUUCGGA